CAGCUCCUAGAGAGAACAAGGCGUGCGGAGCUCGGAUCACCAGCAUCAUGCACCUUGGGCUUGGAUCAUAGAUCCCCCUCUUUGAACAUUAAAAUAACUCCUUCGUCCAUCAGCGUCCCAGGCAGACCCAGCGAGAAAACAAGCACGUGAGAGAGAGAGAGAAGAGAAGGAGGAGGAAGAGAAAAAUCUGCAACCAAGUGGACUAAAGCAAAGACAGAGUGCUUUGCUUGCACAGCUGCAAAGUGGGAAUUUAAAGAACUGCAGAGAGAAAUUCCAGCUCAUCAGCACAUACACAUUGCAGAAUUACAGAUCCAGGUAGAAAUGACAUCAACAGGGAAAGAAGGCAGCGGAGCUCAACAUGCACAAUAUGUUGGACCCUAUCGUUUGGAGAAAACCCUAGGAAAAGGACAGACAGGGCUUGUGAAGUUGGGGGUUCACUGUGUCACGUGUCAGAAGGUCGCGAUAAAAAUUGUCAACAGAGAGAAGCUCAGCGAGUCGGUGCUAAUGAAGGUGGAGCGGGAAAUAGCCAUCCUGAAGUUGAUAGAACAUCCCCACGUUUUAAAGCUGCAUGAUGUUUACGAAAAUAAAAAAUAUUUGUAUUUGGUGCUAGAACACGUGUCAGGUGGGGAGCUCUUUGACUAUCUCGUAAAAAAGGGAAGAUUGACACCAAAAGAAGCCAGGAAGUUCUUCCGACAAAUCAUCUCUGCUUUAGACUUCUGCCAUAGUCAUUCAAUAUGCCACAGGGACUUAAAACCAGAAAACCUGCUGCUGGAUGAAAAGAACAACAUCCGGAUAGCAGACUUUGGGAUGGCAUCGCUGCAGGUUGGGGACAGCUUGUUAGAAACCAGUUGUGGAUCACCACAUUAUGCUUGCCCUGAAGUUAUCCGGGGAGAAAAAUAUGAUGGAAGGAAAGCAGACGUCUGGAGCUGUGGAGUCAUUUUAUUUGCGUUGCUAGUGGGUGCCCUGCCUUUUGAUGACGACAACUUGCGGCAACUGUUGGAGAAGGUGAAACGUGGAGUGUUCCACAUGCCACAUUUUAUCCCCCCGGACUGUCAGAACCUUUUGCGGGGGAUGAUUGAAGUGGAUGCCUCGAAACGUCUCACGCUAGAACAUAUUCAGAAACACAUAUGGUAUAUAGGGGGUAAGAACGAGCCAGAACCAGAGCAACCAAUCCCUCGAAAGGUGCAGAUUCGUUCUCUCCCUUCCUUGGAGGAUAUUGAUCCAGAUGUGUUAGAUAGCAUGCACUCAUUAGGCUGCUUCCGUGACCGAAAUAAACUCUUACAGGACUUGUUGUCAGAAGAAGAAAACCAGGAGAAAAUGAUUUAUUUUCUUCUGCUUGACCGGAAGGAGAGGUAUCCUAGCCAUGAAGAUGAGGAUCUUCCCCCUAGAAAUGAAAUAGAUCCCCCCAGGAAGCGUGUGGACUCCCCAAUGCUGAACAGGCAUGGGAAGCGGCGGCCAGAAAGGAAGUCGAUGGAGGUUCUCAGUGUGACAGAUGGCGGCUCCCCAGUCCCUGCUCGCAGAGCUAUUGAAAUGGCACAACACGGACAGAGUAAAACAAUGUUCAGUAAAAGCCUGGAUAUCUCUGAAGCCAAUCCCAAAUUCAACAAAGAAGAAAGGAUGGCGAGUGCUGAUCCGUUGGGGUCUCGGUCAAUCAGCGGAGCAUCGUCUGGGCUCUCCACCAGUCCUCUCAGCAGUCCAAGGGUCACCCCUCACCCCUCUCCAAGGGGAAGUCCCCUCCCUACCCCCAAGGGGACACCUGUCCAUACGCCAAAGGAGAGCCCAGCAGGCACACCCAACCCAACACCACCAUCCAGCCCCAGCAUUGGAGGAAUGCCAUGGAGGACACGGCUCAACUCAAUCAAGAAUAGUUUCCUUGGGUCUCCUCGCUUCCAUCGCCGGAAAUUGCAAGUACCUACACCAGAGGAGAUGUCUAAUUUAACCCCGGAAUCAUCCCCAGAACUUGCCAAAAAAUCCUGGUUCGGUAACUUCAUCAACCUGGAGAAAGAAGAACAGAUUUUUGUGGUCAUUAAGGACAAGCCACUAAGCUCCAUUAAGGCCGAUAUUGUCCACGCUUUCCUCUCGAUUCCAAGCCUCAGUCACAGUGUCAUCUCACAGACAAGUUUCCGUGCAGAAUAUAAGUCCACAGGAGGUCCUGCUGUCUUCCAGAAGCCAGUGAAGUUCCAGGUGGACAUAACAUACACAGAAGGGGGAGAGGCGCAGAAGGAGAACGGGAUCUAUUCUGUCACUUUCACACUCUUAUCAGGUCCAAGCCGUCGGUUUAAGAGGGUAGUAGAAACCAUUCAGGCACAGUUGUUAAGCACACAUGACCAGCCUUCAGUGCAGCAGUUAUCAGACACCACUAACUGUAUGGAGUUGAUGACUGGCAGACUUUCCAAAUGUGGAAUUAUCCCGAAAAGUUAACAUGUCAGCCACGGCUUCACCUUCUGUGCUCUGCGGACACUUGUUGACGGAAGGCAACCGAUGUAGACUGUCCAAGGACCAGUCCUGUUUGAGGUUCCCAGCCUCCCCUCUCCCUUCAGGAAGUGGGUUUCUCCCCCGCUUCUCCCCAAACACCUCCCCAAUGCACGCUUUGCUUUCCCCCCCCCCCCCCCUUUUUUUCUUUUUUGGUGCUCCACAAGAGAGAUCUGCUCAGUUAUGGGAUUGCAGAGUCUGAGCUGAAAGGAGGUUGCAAAUUCUUGGAGUGAAACCUUUACCUUUGGCAACUUCUGUCCGCGCAGGUGAACUCAGCCCGGAGGGGGAGGGUGCGGGGAAGGAGAAGGGUGUAGCGGGAGCGCAGUGUUUCAUGAAUCCAGAGCGCGUUCUCAUCAGAAACCAGCCAGGAGCAACUCAAAACUAAGCGUUGAACCAAGACAAUAUUGGGGAGCUUCAUCACGUGAUUUUCUUAAUCUUCUUUUUCUCCCCACCACCUUUUCUUUUUCUUUUGCCCCUUUUUUUUAUAUAUAUACAUGUAUAUAUGUGUGUAUAUUUAUAUAUAAAUACACAUACAUACAUACAUAUAUAUACAAAACAAUUGGUUUUUUUAUACUAUAUCAUUUUGCUUUUUGACCUGCUGGAAGGGGAAAGGAGUAAACUUAGGAGGGAGAGGGGGUUCAAUGAAUAAACAUGUACAAACAAAACAUUAAAACUUAGGGAAAAGGCAACUUCUGGUAGCAAAGAAGAGGGACAAGACUCUGCCAAGGACUGUCUCUCCCACCACCAGGCACAGUUGCCACUGCUGCUACUGCUGCUCCUCCUUCGACACCUUCCUCCCCACCUGUCAACUCCCUGCCACUGUGCCACCGCGCUGGGACCUUCUUCAGCCAGCUGGAUCCUCCACCACACCCUGCAUUUAGAGGCAAUUGUUGUGUUGCUAGUGCUGCAUUGGUAUCAGUAUUAUUAUUUCUUUAAGUUACCAGUUUCAUUUAUUGGCUUGGGUGAUUUUUUCCUAAAAAACAAGAGAAAAAAAAGAAAAAAAAAGAAAAAAAGAAGAUGAAGAGGAGGAAGAAAAGAGACUUCUCUUGGGUUUUAUUUCCUGUGUGUGUGUGUGCGCAAAUCACUGGCACUUAGUUCAUCAGAGCAAGACAAGGUGGAGUCAGGGCAAUGGGAGACUUAAUCACGAAGCUACUGUAAACUUUAAAAAUUACUGCAAGAUAUUUUUAUAAAGGUUUUGUUUUGUUUUGUUUUUGAAGGGGAGGAGGGUGGGAUUGGGUGGAUGGGGACCUUUUUUUUUUGUUUGUUUCAGUUAUUAGGUCUUGGUUAU